GACACCGAGUGUGAGAAGACUGGAGAUGGUAAACGUAUGGACAAUUUUGAAACUGCAAAGUCACCGUGAUGCUCUACCAUCGAUCUGAAAGGAAGCAGCUGCUGGCUGAAGAUUAAAACAGACAGACAAGGUUUCCUAUCUAAAUCCUUCCUCUCUGGAUGUGUUCAGGAUUCUACUAUCACCUCAUGAGACUAUUCGAAGUGAUGCUGCUGCAGGAAGUGAGGGGUAGCUUCCUCCAGAUACAGGUCUGUCUCUGUAUGAACUUCGUCUAUUGAGAAGAUGAGCCUGAUAAUACAAAUGCAAGCUUGAAGUCAGCCUAAAGGAGGAAAGCAGAGUACUGAAGACAGAGCGUGACACUGGACAGUGUAAGAGGUGCAGAGGAGGAGGGAGUGAGGCACACAAGCUAAAGAAAACAGAAAAGGCACGAUAUUUUACUCACUCUCAGCCAUCAUAUGCUGAUUGGAUUACUGACAAUGGAUUUCAUUAUGGACACAAAGGCCUGUGAGAAUAUCUGCAAGGCCUCAUUAUUGCUUUGUCACUUGUUGCUGUAACCUUUUUGAGCGUGCAGGAAACUAUGCUGUCAAUCAUGAACUGUUCUGCAAUUUCACCACCUAUGAAGAAAUGAACUUCACUGGUGUGAAUUCAGAGGAAAUAUGGAGAAUGAUGAAUCAUCGUUGCUGUUUGUGUUGCUUGAUAAAUCGAUUUUUAUGAAGCAACACUGAGUUGAAAGCCUGGAGGGAGGACUUGAUGUGCUCACCCUGGUUCAAAAUAUCUGUCGUAUGACUUAAAUGUCUUGGUAAGCCAGCUCUGAAGAUGAAGCAAGCCCUUUCUGAUGUCCUUGCCUUGGCUGAAAGAGAAAUUUAACUUCUAAUGAUGACUAUGACCUCUCCUCUGGGACCAGAAAGUGUCACUCUGGCGCAGCUUGUCCCCGUUCCAACGCUGACUGUCCUGCCGCCAUCCUCAGAUACAGAGUCCUGGUCUCGCUCACCAAGCCCCAGACAGGCUCGCUCCAGUCGCCAAGGUCGCUUCCACCGUAGCCGGACCCGAACUAAGAAACGAAAUGAGGAAGAGCAAGGCUGCUCUCCUAAACGACAAUGGGGUAAAAAAGUUGGAGAAGAGGAAACUGCAGAUAAGGGCACAAUUAGACAUCGGAGCCUGUCGCCCUCCCCCUUUGCAGCCUGUCACACAGAAGGGGAAGAGCAUGGACAGGACAGCCCCUCUCAGGACCUCCUCUUACCACCAUCUCGGUCCUGGUCUCGUAGUCCCUCUCCCAGCCGGCGCUCCCGCUGGUCUCUCAGGAGCCUGCUGAGCAGAGACUCUGACUGUGACAGCUGCAGUACGGCCAGUAACUCUCCACGCAGCACCCCCGGCAGCUCCCCCUCCCUGCGGCGCAGGGUCCUUGGGGGUGGAAGGGCCAGUGAGAGCGAGGGAGGAGGAGAGAAGAGCAGUGGUGGUGGUGGAGGAGGAGGUGGUUCAGAUAGCCCCCUGCCCUCCAUACCAUCUGCCUCCUCCCUCACAUCUGCCUACCCACUUGCUUCUCGCCAUUUCACCCGCAAUGCCAAGAAAAUGCAGAGCUGGUACAAUGUUCUCAGUCCUACAUACAAACAGCGGAACGAGGAUUUUCGCAAACUCUUUAAGAAACUUCCUGACACAGAACGACUUAUAGUGGACUAUUCUUGUGCUCUCCAGAAGGACAUUCUGCUGCAGGGUCGCCUUUAUUUGUCUGAGAAUUGGCUUUGUUUCUACAGUAACAUCUUCCGCUGGGAAACCACUAUCACCAUCCUGCUGAAAGACGUGACCUCUAUGACCAAGGAGAAGACCGCCAAGCUCAUCCCAAACGCCAUCCAGAUCAGUACUGACAAUGAGAAGCACUUCUUCACGUCUUUCGGAGCGAGGGAUCGCAGCUUCAUGAUGAUAUUCCGCCUGUGGCAGAACGCACUGUUGGAAAAGUCUUUAUCCCCCAAAGAGCUCUGGCACAUCGUACACCAGUGUUAUGGAACUGAGCUGGGUCUCACCAGUGAAGACGACGACUAUGUCUCUCCCACCGCCGAGCACAUGAACGGCUUACUGCCAGGAGACGAGUCGGUGUCGGUCACUGAUCUCCUAGACCUAAGCUCAGUGUCAGUUCCUUCCACAGGCAGCUCUCCUCCUCCCCUGGUGCCCUGCGCUCCAGCCACCUCUCCUUCAGCGUCGAACCUCGGGGGCUCCUCUCCUCCUUCCUCCACCUCCUGUCUGCCUAUAGAGGUGCCUUCCUCAUCUGGACGCAGACUCAGCUCUGAACCUCUUGAACCCAGUCCGCCCAGCUCCCAAAGCUCUCUGCCAUCAACCACUCCAACCAACGUGUCUGCCUCUGCCCCAGCCUCUGCCGCUGCUUCCUUUAAUCUGGAAGAGGGCGGGGACAGUCUGUCCGAGUCGGCCAAUCACAUGUUGCCCCCUCCGACCACCAGUCUGGGAAACCUCUCCUCAUUGGACAUCACCAACGAUGAGGAACUGCCCACAGACCCGAGCAACUCCUCAGAUACACAAGAGGAAAGUGAAGUGGAAUCAUUCUGCUCUGACCUAAGCGGGCGGCUGCACAUCAACACCAUUGUCCGAAUGAGUGUAGAUAAGCUCCAUGACCUGCUCUUCUCUGCUGACACACACUUCAUCCAGCACCUCUUUUCCCAAAGACACUUCACUGAACUGUCGGUGGGUGAAUGGCAGCCGGACAGCAGCAGUGGGAACACCAGCCGCGUGCUUAGCUACACCAUCGCCCUCAACAACCCCCUCGGCCCCAAGACCGCCCCUGUGGUGGAGACACAGACGUUGCAUAAGAGCAGUGCUCGGGGCGAGUGCUUUGUGGUUGACUCGGAGGUCAUCACCUCAGGUAUCCCGUACCAGGAUUACUUCUACACUGUCCACAGAUACUGCCUCACCUCCAUCAACAAGCACAAGAGCCGGCUCAGAGUCUCCUCAGACAUCUGCUACAGGAAACAGCCGUGGAGUUUGGUGAAAGCACUGAUUGAAAAGAACACCUGGAGCGGUAUUGAAGAGUACUACAGACACAUGGAGAGCGAGGUGUGCAAGCUGGAGACGCUACUGCAGUCCGAGGUUUCCGUGGUAACCACAGGAGAAGCAGUGGGGGCAGACUCUGCAAAGACUCCGCCAGCCCUGCGCCGCCGUAAACGAACAUGCUCUCGACGGCAGGGCGAGAAGGAUAGAGAGAGGGAGGGAGGAGGCAUGGGUGCAGGAGAGCGAGGGGACAGAGGAGUCGGAGAGGAAAGAGACAGGAGAGAAGCCAGUGCUCAGUAUACAAAACUGGGUGAUCGUACUCGCAGUGGAGGGCAAAACAGUAUAUCAACCAUCCUCCUCAUUGUCAGCUUUAUUUUGGUCGUGUUGGUGGCACUCAACAUGCUGCUGUUCUAUAAGCUGUACGCUCUGGAAAGAGCAGCCCAUACACUGGAGACGUGGCACUCCUAUUCUGUUGCUGACAGUCCUUUGCCUCAGACAGCUGGAGAGUGGGCUCAGGUUUUACAGCUGCAGAGACAGUUUCACCAGGCUCAGCUCAGCAAAUGGCAGCAGAUCCUGCAGUCUUCUGUCACGCUCCUUGACCAGAUGAAGCAGUCUUUAGAAAAGCUCCACCGGGGCAUCGUGGUCCCAGAGGUGCAGCAGGAUCCCCCUGACGAUUCAACUGCAGAGACCUUGACUGAUGCCUGAGCUCCACAUCCUCUCGUUAGCCUCUUCCCCACAAGUCUAACAUCUCUGAACACUCUGGCAGAAAAAAUGGGGACUGGUGAAUCAGGACUGAGUUUGCUCUUUCACUCAUUUCCAAAUCAUUUAGAAAGGAGUGGGAUGUGCAGGGAGGCUGCAUUACCCACAACUCUCCUCGCCUGACUGACUUGAAAUGGCGACUUUCGCCUUCAGCCUCAACCAGUAAAACUCCACUGAACUUGUUCAGACUGGAAGCUAUCAGGAUCACAGCAAUAAUUAACCUACAGCUGCAAGUCUCCUGUAUGCAGUGUAAGGAAACAGGCCACUGGUGGGCCGAUUUUGACCUCCACUGCUAGAUAAGAAAAGAGAAAUGACAAAUUAACCUUCAUUUUCAGAAACACCUGUUUUAUGACUAUCAAAGACUCCAGCUCCCCUCUUGACAGGUUUCAUCGGUGCAAUAGGAAGGGAUCAGUGAUUCUGGAAAGUGGGAGCUUUUCCUCCUAGUCCUGGGAACAAGUUAGAUACCUUUGCCUCCAGACAACGCCUGCUGAAAUAAAACUUACAAAUAUGGGGUGCCACCUGCUGUGCGGAUGUGACGAACAAACACCCAGGAGAAGAGGAGGGACAGCUGACAGGAGCAGGCAACUCCUGCUCUUUUCUGUCAGGGAUUUGUUCUUCUUCAUGUCCAAUUUAAGCCCCCACAAAGGCUGUCAGUCGUCUAAGAACGGAGCUGAGAAACAUUUCAACAGACACUUUAGUUUUCACUCAUUUUUAGAUGUAAAUUUUACAUCUUAAAAUUAAUCCAAAACACCUCUUCACUCUCCACAGUCCUGUUCGGGUUUUAUCUUCUUAAAUAAACUGUGUUGGUUCGUCUGUUAUGACAACAAGCUGCGUCACGGACUGUUACAGUAUUUAUUAUCACCGUUGACUUUUUGAUCUGAAGUCCUGUCCUGCUCUAAAGAAGUCAGUAGGUGGAUAUUUCGUGCUCUGUUAUGCUGUUGUGUCAUGGACCAAGAGGAGCUACACAAGAAGGAUACUUGUCACAGCAAUAAUGGCUAUAGUGAUUCUAGUACUUUUUGAAUGUUUCAAAGUAGUAUAUAAUUAUAAUAAUAAUAAUAAUAAUAAUGAUGAAUUGUGUGUGAAUGUGCGUAGAGGCAGUGAAAACAAGCAAAGAUGGGGUUGAUUUGACAGAAGUGUGCGUGUGCGUUCACAAGGAGUCCUCACUGUUACAUUUUCAGAUGUUACAUUUUCAUAUUAGCGUUUGUUUUUGCAGAUUUCUUUUUGGAUGUUUGACAAAACAACACCUAAAUGGUUCAGGGUGUUACAUAGACUUGAUCAGGUAGAAAUUUAAAUAUAAAACCAGUCAUCUACCGUGUUGUCCAGCUGGGCCGUGUGUUUAAAAACAAAAGGACCAACCAGAACUGAGUAACCCCAAAUGAAGAAGGGAAUCCUUUUUGCAGUAUUUUUUUGUUUGUGUUUGUAAAUUAAUUUGAUUCACUUGUUUUCUCUUUUUAUUCAAUUCCUUUUUCAUUUCAAUCUUUAUUAUUAUGUUGUCUUUAUUUGUUGUUAAUUUUCAGUGCUCUCCGUUCAGACCUCUCAAAACAUCUCACCCAUCUGCACUCACUCGUCGCUUUCUUCUUUUUCUUCUCAUCACUCAGACCCACUCUUCCUCACUUUCCUCUGUGUGCUCCUCCCCCUCACCUGCUCACUCGCUCUCCCUGUGUUGAUGAAAAUACAAUUACAGAGGCAUGUGGCCAUGCUGUGCGUGGUCAACCAAAAAAAAAAAAAUAAUAACAAAAGGGUGUCAUAUUUAUUCAGGGAGGGAGGGUGAGGAUGGGCUGGGGAGAGAGUGACGGAUGAGUAGCGGGGAUGAGAUUGUACUGUAAAGAUGUGACUGUACACCACACCAUGGAGAGAAAUGAAAAGUUCUAAACAUUCAACAGCUCCUUGUUUAUCUUUGAGUCUGUGUCUUUCCUGUGAAAAAAGGUGGGUCAGAAUCUCUCAUUUUGCAAUUUAUUUAGCUUUCCGAUUUGGUCCCAAUAGUAAUCAGUGAGACGAAUUCAGAAGAAAGGUUUUUUUCACAGUAUCUGAAAGCCUUUGUAAAUAUAUUUAUAUUAUUUUUCCAAAGUCUCCAACUCAAAAUAUUUGGUUGUAAUUUACCAAGGAAAACACCAAAUAUGUUAAUAAACCUGAAUAGCUCAUGGAAAUAUGUGGGUUCUUAGUUAUCUAACAAACAGUUUCAGCCCUAGUUUCUUAUGAGCAUUAGAGUAUGAGCCUAUGACGUCUAAUAAGAAAUCUCUUUCCGCUACAUGAGGCCCAUAAGAAGCUGUGAAGAAGGGUGUUCAAAGUUAUUUCCAUUGAUUAUUAAUCUGCCAAUUUCUGGAUUCAUAAUUUAGUUCUGGGAGUGUACGUAACAGCUGUGGAAAGUCUGAAAUGUCUUACCCUUUCUGAGACACCACAAAACAACACAUAGAUCAUCACUCAAGCAUAUACGUGAAACUUUUUAGGACUUGUGCUAUUCACUCCUCAAAAUAAUUGCAGGCUUAUUUUGAGAACUUCUCAGACUCCACUGUUAGAAACGCCUUGAACAGGCGGGAUAAAGAAUAGACUUUUUCUUGAUUAAACUGGGACUUGCUUACGUUACCUACUCUUGACAGCAAUCUGAGAUCUACUUCUGUAAUUUUAUAGUUUAUGAAAAAUGAAGAUAACCUUGUCUCAAAACAGCUGUAGUGACUCAGGGUCUGGAUUUGACUUCAAAAGUCACUGGUGCUAUCUUGAUUCUGGGGAAACUAGCUUGAAUACAUAAUCCACAAGGCUUUAUCAUUGUGUUUUGAUGUAUGAAGAGAAAAGUUGAAAAUAAAGUGUUUUAAAUGGCUGCAA